AGAGUUCAGUUCUCAUUGAUUCAAUAAAAGUAUUAAAAGUUUUCUCCCUUUUGAUUUAUGUAAUUGUGUUAUUAGGAAUUCAAAUUAAAGUGUGAUUAAUUUAUAAAAAAGGAUAUAUAUAUUGUUCAUACGACUAAUAAAUAACUUUAUUUAUAAUCUGAAAAUGGUUAACGUUGUGAGGAAAGCAAAAGAGUUCAUCAGUUACUGGUACCUCAGAUAUCUAUUAGCAACAGAACUCUACAUUGUGGAACCCUGGGAGAAAGUUGUGAUACAUUUGUUAUAUGCCAUAAUAUUUGGACUGUUAUGGUAUUUCAAUACUGCUAUUGUCCUAGAUGGAUUAGCUAGGCUAAGGAAUACAUCAAAUUUGGAACUUAUUAACUAAUGUAAAAAUGUUUGAAAUUUCAAACAAAAAACCAAAUGAAUUAAAGUUUGUUACAAUUCAAACAAAUCAAACUCUUUUAAGUUAAGGUUGAUUAGUGGAAAGGUUAGUAUCAAAUGCAAUUUAAGGAAUAAGAAAGUUGAAAAAACCAAAUUCUGCAUUUAUAACCACAUUUGUUGAUGAGCCUAUAACAAGAAACAAGAUUGUCUGUAAAAUAAAAAUAAAAAAAUCUUUAAAAUUUAAUUGACUUAUUACAGAUAUCAUUCCAGGUUGAUAUUAUACAUUUUAAUGUUAUAAUUAUGUUCAUUAUUAUUAUAAGUUAAUAAAAUAUGUAACUAAUUUA